AUGGCGGCGGCGGCGGCGCGCGCGCUGAGGCUCCUGGCGACGCUCCUGGCUGUCACCAUCACCGCCGUCGCCUCGCCGGCGGAGGCCGAGUCCGAGGCGGGAUGGGACUGGACGGCGCCCGACCUGCUCUUCACCGAGGGCACCGCGGCCUACGCGCGCGGGGACUGGCCCGGCGUGGUGCUGAGCAUGGAGCGGGCGCUGCGCUCCCGGGCCGGCCUGCGCGCCCUCCGCCUGCGCUGCCGCACGCGCUGCGCCUCGGACCUGCCCUGGGAGCCGGACCCCGACUCGCCCGACGCGCCGCCGCCGCCCAGCCUGGCCCAGGCCUCGGGCGCCGCCGCCCUGCGCGACCUGCGCUUCUUCGGCCGCCUGCUGCGCCGCGCCGCCUGUCUGCGCCGCUGCCUGGGCCCCCCGGCCGCCCACGCCCUCAGCGAGGAGCUGGAGCUGGAGUUCCGCAAGCGCAGCCCCUACAACUACCUGCAGGUCGCCUACUUCAAGAUAAACAAGGUGGAGAAAGCAGUGGCAGCCGCACACACCUUCUUUGUGGCAAAUCCAGAGCACAUGGAGAUGCGCCAGAACCUUGACUACUACCAGAGAAUGUCCGGGGUGAAGGAGGAAGACUUCAAGGACCUGGAGGCCAAACCUCACAUGCAGGAGUUCCGACUGGGUGUGCAGUUCUACUCUGAGGAGCAGCCCCAAGAAGCUGUGCCACAUCUGGAGGCCGCGCUGCAGGAGUACUUUGUGGCAGAUGAGGAGUGCCGUGCCCUCUGUGAGGGCCCCUAUGACUAUGAUGGCUACAACUACCUGGAGUACAAGGCAGACCUCCUCCAGGCCAUCGCAGAUCAUUACGUCCAGGUCCUCAGCUGUAAGCAGAGCUGUGUCACCGAGCUUGCUUCACACCCGAGCCGUGAGAAACCCUUUGAAGACUUCCUCCCAUCACAUUAUAAUUACUUGCAGUUUGCUUACUAUAACAUUGGGAAUUAUACUCAAGCUAUCGAAUGUGCCAAGACCUACCUUCUCUUCUUCCCCAAUGAUGAGGUGAUGAGCCAGAAUCUGGCUUACUACACAGCCACACUGGGAGAAGAAAAGACCAGAUCCAUUGGCCCCCGUGAGAGCGCCCGGGAGUACCGACAGCGGAGCCUGCAGGAGAAGACGCUGCUCUUCUUUGCCUACGACACCUUCGGGAUUCCCUUUGUGGACCCGGACACAUGGACCCCGGAAGAGGUGAUUCCCAAGAGAUUGCAAGAGAAACAGAAGUCAGAGCGGGAAACUGCCAUGCGCAUCUCCCAGGAGAUCGGCCAUCUCAUGAAGGAGAUCGAGACCCUCGUGGAAGAGAAGACCAAGGAGUCGCUGGACGUGAGCAGGCUGACCCGGGAAGGUGGUCCCCUGCUCUAUGAGGGCAUCCGCCUGGCCAUGAACUCCAAGGUCCUGAACGGCUCCCAGAGGGUGGUGAUGGAUGGCGUCCUCUCCAACGACGAGUGCCGAGAGCUGCUGAGACUCACUAACGCAGCAGCAACUUCAGGAGAUGGCUACCGGGGUCAGACCUCGCCCCACACCCCCAAUGAAAAGUUCUACGGUGUCACAGUCUUCAAAGCCCUCACGCUGGGCCAGGAAGGGAAAGUGCCGCUGCAGAGCGCCCACCUGUACUACAACGUGACCGAGAAGGUGCGGCGGGUCAUGGAGUCCUACUUCCGCCUGGACACGCCCCUCUACUUCUCCUACUCCCACCUGGUGUGCCGCACGGCCAUCGAAGAGGCGCAGGCUGAGAGGAAGGACAACAGCCACCCCGUCCACGUGGACAACUGCAUCCUGAACGUCGAGACCCUCGAGUGCAUCAAGGAGCCCCCUGCAUACACCGCCCGGGACUACAGUGCCAUCCUUUAUCUGAAUGGGGACUUUGACGGAGGGAACUUUUACUUCACUGAACUCGAUGCCAAGACAGUGACGGCAGAGGUGCGGCCACAGUGUGGGAGGACUGUGGGCUUCUCCUCGGGCUCUGAGAACCCGCACGGGGUGAAGGCCGUCACCAGGGGGCAGCGCUGUGCCAUCGCCCUCUGGUUCACUCUGGAUGCUCGACAUAGCGAAAGGGACAGGGUGCAGGCCGACGACCUGGUGAAGAUGCUCUUCAGCCCUGAGGAGCUGGAACUGCCACAGGAACAGUCCCCCGAAGUGCAGCAGGUCCCCUCACCUGCAGAAGCGUCUCCCUCCAGCAGCGAGUCCCCGAAGGAUGAGCUCUGAUCACAUCCCACUGCCGGAGGCAGGUGCUCAGACCUCUCAGCGCCCCCAGUGGGGACACCGUGCUGCACCCUAGAAGGCUACAGACUGUGGAGCCAUCCCCAGGGGCAGCACCCAGCACCAGCGCCCAGCCCACGGCGCCCACACAGCCCAUACAGUCUGCCUGGUGCUGCUGCUCUAGAAGUGGACCUGGCGGAUCAGCCACUUCCCGGGACCUUAGCAGGGUGGAGGAAAGUGGACUCCAGAUGGACGGAUGGACACCAGUAUUUAAAUCUUGAUCGACAGCCAAUGAAUAAAGAAACUGCGGGUUUUUACUCUA